AUGUCCUUCUUUGCUAAUCCGGAGGCCCAUUCUGCCAUAGAAGUUAAUGUUGUGGAGAAAGACGAGGACUCCAAGUACGAGCGAUCCUCAGAUGACGUUGGCGUUGACCUGCUAUCGUACCACGAGCACAACGCUGGUCGUCUCGUCGUAGAUCCAGAAGAAGCGAAAGUGGAGUUUGGUGAGCGCAUCGCGAAGAAGCUCAAACUUUCCGCGGACGGUUCCAAGGUAUUAUGGCCACAACCUACGGAUGACCCGGAGGAUCCUCAGAAUUGGUCCGACGGAAGAAAGAACCUGCAGUUGUUCGUUAUCACCUUAGCGGCUGCAGUACCCGACUUUGACUCAGGUAUAGGCAUUGCUUCAAUCUUCGCCUUGGCAGCCCAAUAUGAUACCACACCCACGGUCAUCAACGACCUGACUUCGAACUGGAGUAUCUUCUUGCUAGGAUGGGGCAGCAUAUUCGCUGUGAUAUUAAUGCGGCGAUAUGGCCGCCUUCCAAUCCUUUUCUGGUCUCAAGUUCUUGCACUUGGCUUUCUUGUCGGCUGCACCUUCGCGCCAAAUCUGAAAACCUUCGCCGCUAUGCGCUGUCUCACCGCUUUCUUUGGAACAUGUCCACAUGGUCUUUAUGUCGUGACAGAUAUGUUUCCAUUCCAUCUUCAGGCACGCAAGCUUAACAUUUGGACAAUGGGCUUCCUCUUAUCUCCGUUCCUGUCGCCGUUUCUCUUUGGUUUCCUCGUCGCGCGCGCAAGCUGGCGUUGGACGUACGGCAUUGGAGCAAUCUACGGCGCUACUGUUGUGUUCUUUAUUCUGUUCUUCGGAGAAGAGACCAUGUAUGAUCGAACACUUCCGGAUCCCCGCCCAAUCAAACGACCCGCAUCGAGGUUGCGAUACAGGAUCGAGACUCUGAUAGGCCUAACGGGCGCUCGAAUGGCACGCCACCGGGCAGGCUGGCGCGAUGCGGCACUAGCCUGUUUGAACAUCAUAUGGCGCCCGCAGCUUGUGGGGAUUUUGCUGUUUGAGGCCAUGGUAUUCGGGUUCAGCAUAGGCAUCAAUACUACGAACGCUGUAUUCCUUGGCGAAUCGAAGCCGGUUGGACUCGGAUUCAGUCAAUACGCGAUUGCCGGCGCAUAUGGGACCCCCAUUGUCGCGGUGCUCAUCGGUGAGGUGCUGGGUCGAUACUUCAACGAUUGGGUCAUGAACGUUUGCGUCAAACGUAACAAGGGCGUGUUUGAGGCGGAAAUGCGGUUAUGGACCUGCUAUGUCGCUGUACCAUUAUAUAUAUGUGGCUUUCUCCUUUUAGGUGGCACCUUCCAAAAUCACCUAGGUACAGGUGCGCUCGUCAUGGGCUGGGGUAUAGCGGAAGUUGCAGUUAUGAUCUGCACGGUUGCAGUUUACGCAUAUUGUAACGAUUGCUUCCCUACCAGACAGGGUGAGGUAUCGGCGUUGAUUAACUGGGCCCGCACAAUGGGCGGCUUCAGCGUCGCAUAUUUCCAAGUUCCAUGGGCGGAACGGAACGGCGCACUGCAGACGUUUGGUGUAGAGGCGGCUAUCGUGUCCGCGCUCUUCCUCCUGGUAGUCCCUGCAUUGCAACUGCACGGCUCACGUCUAAGGGUGAGUAUCACCUAA